UCAGUCCCUCCACACGGAAGUAGGCGGUUCCGGAAGUCCGUUCCCGCAAGCGGAAGUGAAGGCCGGGGCCCGUCGGCUGGACUGGAGACGUCUUGGAGCGGCGAGAAAGGAAAUUCCACUGAAGCUCCAUCCAUUUUGGGAAACAUUUACCGAAGGUUCCCUCCACCUGUGACUGCUGUCCUUCUUUCCCUCCCUCCAUCCAUCCAUCCAUCCACUCGUCUUCUAGUCGGUGUCAAUCUUGUUGUCCUUCGCUCCCUUUCCUCCUUCCCUCCCUUGUCCUCUGUGUCCUUGCUGAGCUCCAGUCCCGGCGUUAGUCCAGCCUGCUCUCCUCUAGUGCUGGCAUGGCGGGGCGAGGAGGAGCGACGCGGACCAACGGCACUACCGCCGCCGCCGCCAACAAGAUCUGCCAGUUCAAGCUGGUGCUGCUGGGAGAGUCGGCCGUGGGCAAGUCCAGCCUGGUACUGCGCUUCGUCAAGGGCCAGUUCCAUGAGUACCAGGAAAGCACCAUUGGAGCCGCAUUCCUCACACAGACAGUCUGCUUGGAUGAUACAACAGUAAAGUUUGAGAUUUGGGACACAGCCGGACAAGAGAGAUACCACAGCCUGGCCCCAAUGUACUACAGAGGAGCUCAGGCUGCCAUUGUAGUCUACGACAUCACUAACACAGACACUUUCACCCGAGCAAAGAACUGGGUAAAGGAGCUCCAGAGACAGGCCAGCCCCAACAUCGUCAUCGCUCUGGCCGGGAACAAAGCCGACCUUGCUAACAAGAGAGCUGUGGAUUUCCAGGAAGCGCAGGCGUACGCAGACGACAACAGCCUGCUGUUCAUGGAGACAUCCGCUAAGACCGCCAUGAAUGUCAACGAGAUCUUCAUGGCCAUCGCUAAGAAGCUUCCGAAGAAUGAGCCACAAGGCGGAGCGGGACCCGGGGGGCGGGCUCGGGGCGGAGUCGACCUGCAGGAGGCGGCACCUCAGGGCAGAUCCGGCCAGUGCUGCGGAGGAGGCAACUAAACCAUCCGUCCAGUCGUGUGGAGAACGUGGCCGAGGAUCAACACAGACACAUUAUCAACCAACUCAUAGUCUGACAGUUAUGUCUAUUCACAGCCCAAGCGGAAAAUCUAGUCAGUUAGACUGUGACGUCCAUCAGAUUCUACUUUCUGAACUGACCAAAGGGGCCGUUCACAGCCACUUGUAAAUAUUUUGACCAAUUAUCCCUCCUUCUCAUAGGCAGAGCCACAACCUACUCUUUAACAGCUGUGUUUAAGAAUCAGCCACCUGUCAAAAUGAAAGCAAAAUGAAUAAAUAAACAAAAUAAAUAAGAAUUUUGGGGAAUAUGGAGGGAAACCGAUCAAUUCUGUCGCACUUAUCCGGAGAUGUAAGGUUCUUGUACUAGUCUGUAUUCACACAAAAAAAAAAAUCAACACUGCAGCUGGAGGGAAAACAGGCUUCCUUCUACUUUAUAUCCUCAACCUCUCUCUUUCUUUCUCUCUCCUCUCAGUGCACUCUGAACUUUCUCUGUCUCUCUCCGUCUCUGGGCACAGCACCUAACAAGUAUUGAAUUCUUCUCUCCUUCCUGAUUGUCUAAUUUUUCCAGUGCGAGGAGACGGACAGACGGGAGCGAGAGACUGUUUUCCCUUCAAGCGCAGCAUUUCUGUAGAUUCUGUAUUAUUCUUGGUUAUUGCUAUUAUUAUUAUUAUUAUUGUAAUUAUAAUUAUGAUGAAUACCACUACUCCCAGACUAAUGAAUAUAAACGAUAGAUUAGUCCCCCCCACCCACCCCACCCCCGAAAUCAUUACUGUCCAAGAUCUUAAACUGUAAAUGCAUCACGCAUUAACAGCUAUAACACCAGUGUCUUUAAAGCAUUAAUAAUAAGAGAUAAGAUUUAUCAAAUCGUUCAAUCAACCAAGCUGGUGUUAAACACGAAUAACGCAAGGCAAGGUUCGCUUCCUCUGACCAAAAUCACAAUGUAUGUGUACUGAAAAAAAAAUAACUAUGUUGCUGUAUUUGUACUUUGUAUUUUCUUUCUCUCUUUUUUUUCUGCAAAAGUAUAUCCAAUCAUUAGCCAUUAUCAAUACAAUACCUUCCCGAAACAGAUCAAUCAUCCAUCUGUACUCCCCCCCCCACUCCCACUGCUUUUCAUUUUGGUGAAAUGAUUUAUUUUAUUUAAUUUUAUUUUUUUUUUUGGUAAGUUUUCUCUGUGUGCAUUGCCUGUCUGUCUCCUGAUUUAUUAUUAUGUUUCGGAUGGUUCUUUUUCCAUUCUUCUUAAGGUGAACUCAUAUUUUUUCAUCUUGUGAUUUAGCACAACAGACCAGAACCGCUGCCCAGGGCCCACUUUGAAAGGGUUGGACAAAUGUUUUGUUGUCUUCCAUGGAUGGGGGACACAAAAACAACAAUCUUCUAUGUGUAAUUUUACCAAUAAAAAUGGGGAAGGUAA